AUGUCCUCGCACUCGCAAAUGCUCCAGUCCAAAAACAUAAGUAAGGUGCUGGUGCAGCUUCUCCAACCAAAUCCUGAAGUUAGCACUUCUCUCCCAAUUUCAAUAUCGUUAGUGUCUCUCAGCACUAGCCAGCCAUUAAUAUCAUGUAUUUCAGACCUUUACAAAAAGAAAAUGGUUUCAAGAACGAAUGCGAAGAAAAUACAACAGGACGAAGAGUUAAGAAGUAUAAUAUCGAAUGAACAGACAAAUGAGGAUGUCUCGGUGCUUGACUCUGAGAUAAGUGCAUUUCGUUCAACUGGAGGUGAUGAAUAUACAAAUAGCAAGGGGCAACCCGGAUCCAAUAGAAAUGCAAACGGUGAAUCAAAAAAGACGGAACCAUUAAGCAAAAUAGAGCAGAUUCAAAAGCAGAUAGACUACUUGGAAACACACUUUGACGGCAACUACAUAAAUGCCAAUGUUGACCCCAGCGACAACUUGAGCAUCAUAUCCAUACUCUGCUUCAAGGAAUUCAAAUCACGAAAGCAUUCCAACAUGGCUGGAGUAGCUGACCCCUGGAUGAUUAUAUCUUUUAGCGAUUACUUGGCAUUUAUAUAUGAGAUAAACGAUCAAUAUGCAUUGCUGCUUUGCUGUGAUUCCGGUUACCCGAAGGGAUUUAGUAUCAAGAGAUUGGAAAACGCUUCUAAAUUCUUGAAAAGUCAGCUUUAA